AUGGUUCCCCAUCCUCCCUCCUCCCACCACCUCCUCGCCGCUGGCCUCAAAUCAUGUCGGACCCAGACGGCGAAGGCGUUCUACGCGACAGUACGCCCGCAUACGGACACCCCACCAGUCGACCCAGACGAGCCACCGCCAUCGGGGCACAAUGACUUUAUAUUGUCGAUUCUGCGUGCAGGCCCGUCCUUAAGGGAUUCGAGGUCGUACCUUGCGUCGUUCGGCCCUCGGCCCCAACAAAAUCCGAAAACACCUCUUGUCCCACAAGAGGUACAAAAUACGCAACCUGGCGUAGCCAUCCCUGGCCUCGAGGCGAAACCCGACCGCGUAGAAGAACCGCCGAAGCCUAGUCCAAUUGUUGCAUCUAUUCUUAAUCCAGUCAUUCGACGCACCGCGCUCGUAAAAGUACAGGGACCGUUCAAUGAUGUACAGCUCGACAGCAUUGCACGAGGCUUAGUUUUCCUCGAGAAGCUCGGCCUGGUGACCGUAAUAGUUGUCGAGAACGACAACCUUUCCCGCGGCGAUGACAAUGACCGAACAGAAAUCAUUGAAGAGACUAUGCGAGUGGUGUCCAUGCUAGAGAAGCAUGGUGCUAAAGCCCGUCCCAUUCUUGGAUCAAUAGUCCGGCUCGGACCCAAGCCCAACGACGACGCCUCUCUUCGGGAUCCAACUAUCCGAUUACCUGAAGCACAUACCAUUCCUUCUGAUCUCAUGACUCUUCGUUCUGCUCUUCGUGCGGGGGAGAUCCCGGUUAUACCUCCGUUCGCCCUCGAUUCGUUCUGUCGGUCGGUCCGCAUCGACGCAAAUGAUGCCAUAGCUGCUCUCGCUCGCGGCAUGGUAGAAGCUGGCACCAUGAAUCCCACAGGUUUUACGUCCGACGAAGGCUACCCCGCUUCUUCUGAGGACGUCGACCUUACGCCUUUACGCUUAAUGAUCAUCAAUCGCGAAGGAGGUGUACCAUCCUAUGCACGUUCAGGGUAUCCUCAUCUUCUCAUUAACCUUACCUCCGAAUCAUCCCAUAUCGAGGAAACAUUCCAUAAACAAUGGCGCGAAUCGCACCCCACUGCACUCUCUAAUCUAGCUCUAGCUCGUACAUGCCUCAGUUUCAUGCCUCCGUCAUCCUCCGCCAUCAUGGUUUCGCACCGCUCCCCUAGUUCACUGAUCGGCAAUCUCAUUACGAACAAGCCCGCCUUAAGCUCAAGUCUUCCUCAUGCUUUGCUACAAGGCAACCGCAAACUCACUCCGCACACACCGACAUUACUCAGGCGAGGGUUGGACAUUCGCGUUGUCCGCACCCUAGACCAAGUGGAUAGGAAGAAGUUAAAUGUGCUUCUGGAACAGUCGUUCCAGCGGACAUUAGACCAAGAGGCUUUUUAUAGUCGUUUAGAGACAAAUUUGGAUUUCGUCAUUGUUGCGGGCGACUAUGCCGGUGCAGCUAUUGUUACGAACGAACGCUGUCCGAAUACCGGCGCAUCAAUAUCAUACCUGGACAAAUUUGCUGUUCUUCCGAACCAUCAAGGGGACGGCACUGUUGACUUCCUUUGGGUGGCUCUUCACGAUGAAUCUUACGGCCUUGGGCAUCCCUCUGCCGUCAAUCCUAACGGUGGAAAAGAAGGCAAAGGCGAGGGCCGCGAUCUGGUCUGGCGGAGCAGGGCCAACAACCCAGUGAACAAAUGGUAUUUCGAACGCAGCACAGGACACAUGCGAAUAGGCUCUUGGGUGCUAUUCUGGUGUGACGCCGAGAAACGCCUCAAAACCGAACAAGGCCGCCGUGGCAGCACUGGCCUUUCAUACAUAGAAGAUUGGGAACAGGGCCGCCUCUCAUUAUGGACAGAUGUUAUAAUGAAAGUACCAUCAGUGUGGAAAUGA